AGAUGUCAUUUGUCAGAGUGAACCGUUACGUUCCCCGGGGAGGAGGAAGGAAAGCACUGAAAGUAAAGAAGAAGAAAACGUCAGUGAAGCAAGAAUGGGAUGUAAGUAGAGUACUGUUAGUGAUCUAACAGUUCAUCGGGCAACUCCUGAAGAUUUGGUACGUCGUCAUGAAAUACAUAAAUCGAAGAAUAGAGCAUUAGUACACUGGGAACUCCAAGAAAAAGCUUUGAAAAGAAAAUGGAAGAAGCAGAAACCAGAAAUUGCUAAUCUUGAGAGAAGAAGAUUGUCUAUCAUGAAGGAGGUAAUAUUAAAUUGCAUAAUCUUUUGAGUUAGAAAGAGAAGAGAUAAGUAGGUUCUCAUUUCUCCUAAAUCUGUUUCACAUUGGAGACUCUAGCAAUAACUGUUUUCUUAUACAAUGAUUUACACGUGGACUUUCAAAAAAGCCCAGUGAUGAUUAGAAUCUAGUUUGGUGUUUUGAAUUACUGCUGUAUAAUUUUUCAGCUCUUUGACCUUAAACAAAUUAUUAAUUUCUCAGUCUGAAUUCUUAUAUUUAAAAUGGGAAUAACAUAGUAAUUCAUUAGGGUUCUUAGAGAAAUACAAUUUAUUAGCUCUGUGAUCUUAAAUUGUUAGCUUCUUAGCCAAAAUUUUCUCGUCUUUAAAAUGGGAAUAACAGGGUUAUUCGUUAGACUUCUUGGUGAAAUACAAAAGUCUUGAAUUAUAUCUCCCAAAUAAAUGUUUGCAUGAAUGUGUACCAAGAGCAGUGGAAUGAGAGAAAAUGGUUCUUUACAGAUAAGUAUCUUUUAGUGCUCUUGGACAAGUCGUAUACAUUUAAAUGUUGUGUGGCAAUUCUCUGUGAAAUGUCUAACAAUACAGAUCUGACCAGGAAAAAAGGCAGUCCCUUUGAGGAAACCAGGGCUUUUGUUUCCCCUCUCCAGGGGCUCCUGCUCGUCCUCUGAAUCUCUCUCUUUUUUUUAGGGGCUUUACUGUUUAUUUAAUUAAUGGUGAUGUGUCCUGAAUUUCUUAUACAAGUAAUAGAUGUAGUAGAAGUAGGGGUUGAAGGAAGAGUGGAGAGAGGCUGGGGGAGUCUCCUUGCCUUCCCUCUGUAGCGACAUUUCCUCAGGCCUUAGCGCAGUUCUCAGCUCUGACUGCACAGUGGAAUCUAAGGGUUGAGAACUUUUCAUUUAAAACAUUCACUAUAUUUGGACUCAGAUAUAUCUAUAUUCAGAUAUUCUUAUUUGUUGACCUGGGUUAUGGCCACACUUACGUACUUUUUAGACAGUUCCUAUGUGCUGUUAAUGUGUGGCCAGGCUUAAGAGCCUCUGCUUUUAGUGGGAUCAGGUAUUUCUAUUGAACAAUAUAUUUUGGAGGUUAUUCCAUGUCAGUAUUUAGAAAUCUAUCUUUUCUUUUUAAUGCUCAGGUAGUAUACAGGUAUAUCACAAUUUAUUUAUCCAGUGUUUUAUUUGUAGACAUUUAGGAUGUGUAUUAUCAUUUAAGCUUCUGCAAAAUUAAGACCCCAAAAUAUAGUGGUUUAAAGAAAACAGAAAUCUGUUUUUCUCUUAUGAAACGGUUCAGAGGUAAAUGAUAGUUGGUAGGGGGCGCUGUGGUCCUUCAUUACAAGGGUUUCCACCUGUGAGUAGAGAAUGGCUGUUGCAGCUUCUUUCUGCUAUAUUCCAGCCAGCAUGAAGUGGGAAAGAGAAUUCAUGCUGCUUUUUUUUCAUACCACCCAGAAGUUCUGACUUAUAUCUCACUGUCCAGAGAUCACUUGACCAUUCUCACUUGCAAGGAAGGUUGGGAAAUCUAGCUAUGUACUUGGCUAAAACUUUGGAGUUCUCAUGUUCAAGGGAAAAUGGAAAUAAAGGAUACUGGUGGAGAAAAAAGUGCUGGGAUGAGAAGUUUCCAAUAAUGUUUUUGAAGGGACCUUGACUGAUCCUUUGAAAAUCCAAGUGAUGUGUAACCCACCAUUCAUAAGUUCGGCUCUGUUCUCUGCAGACCAUCAGGGGAAGUAAUAUAUACAGAAGGGCUUGCAGAGAUUGGUUUACCUAUCAAGAGGAUGAGUUUUAUUAGAGAAAAGUGAUACAGAAAUGUAGAAAGAAUAAAAGAGAGCCAAUACAUUGAUUUCUUGCCACUCAAAUCAUCUGCCCUAAGGAGACUGGGCAGGAAGGAGCAGAGGACAGCAGGGCAGUGGCUUUACUAGAGGCCUUAUUAUAGUUAAUACCAGAUAUUGAUAUGAUAGAGUUAUUCCUCUGUCACUCAAUUUGCUCUGUCACUCAUACCAAGGUCAAUGCUUUUUUAAAAAAAUACUAAGCUCUUAAAACUGCCAUUAGGAAAUAUUUUGUGUCUAAUUUUUCUAGUAGAGGUGAUAAUCAUAAUGCUCCAUUUAUUCUUUCCUAAGCUCUAAUUGCAUAUACUUGCAAAAUGGCUAACCAAGGAUAGAAAUUUGUUCAUGGGAUAAUAUAAUUUAAGUUGUAACAGUGUUCUCAAAUAUCUCUAGAGUGGUAUACAGGUUUUCAGUGUGUCAUCCUAACAACCCCGUGGGGUUGGAGAGAUGGUCAGAUCUUCAUUUACACAUCAGGAAGCUAAGUGAAAGAGGUUGGAUUUUGCUUAGUAUCUCUUGACUGAGCCUAAGAUCCCAGUCUUCUGGCUCCAAAUGUGCUUUUUGCUUUAUGCCAUUACAAAUUUUACUCCUUGUGAAAGGCAUGAAUUCAGGACUUAAUUCUCACCAACAGAGCCAGUCAGCCUGCUGGGCUGUAGUGGGGGAAGAAGGAGAAAAAGUCAGAACGCGAUUCUUGUUACUUUUCUCAGCGUUCUAAAACAGUAAUUGAGGUCAUAGUAUGUACUUGUUUUCCAUGGUCUAGAGAAAUCCUGGUAAGAGCAUUUGUUACCAGGUGUUUCAUUGUUUUUGAGUCAGUGAGAUUCCUUUCAACUUUAGAAUGCCAUCUGGUGGUGGUGGUUAGAGGUGACUUGCUUUUACUCUAGCAUGUUCCUCCUUGCUUGUCAUUAUGAAAGUUCCUAAAUUGAAAGUGCAUUGAAAGUGCAUAAUCAGAGGCCCUACUGUAAUGGUUUUUUUUUUGAAUUCUUAUCUCUCCAAGAUUAAAAACCUCUGACUGGUUUGUAAAUAUAGAAGCAUCACUUUUUUGUUUGAUGCUCCCAAACUCAUGUCUUAAAUCAUGUUUUUUAAGUUGUGGACCAUGACCCAUUAGUUGAUUAUGAAGUCAUUUCAGUGGUUGAAACACCUCUGAGUUUAUGGCUCAAAGAUUCAUAUCUUUAAUCAGUGUUUUUCAAACUGUGGUACAGAACUUGCUAAUUGUGAAGUCAAGUUAAGUGGGUUGCAACCAUUAUUUAAAAACAGAGAACAGAAACUAAAAAGAAAAUAGAGUGGUUCUCAAAGAGUAAGAUUAAGUAAAAUUUUAAUUUUGUGAUAUAAGUACAUUUGCAUUUACAUUUUUACAUUUGUCUGUGUACUGGGUUCACAUUUUAAUGAUGUGUUUCUUUGGAUUGUAGCCAAGCAUGACAUCCACUCAUUAUUGUAAUAUCCCCAUCUACUGGUACGUAAGGAUAUUGCCACUGAAAGAUUUUAGGAAGGUUGUUGGCCUAUGGUUAUUUUUGUUCUGUGCCUUGUAUGAACUUUUCCAUUGUGAUUUGGUAAGUAUAUAUAUUUUUUGAAUAAUAGUUUUUGUCAUUAACACAUGUCUAGAUUCUUUCUGAUCAAUACCAGAUGCAGGAUGUAUUGGAAAAAUCUGAUCACUUGAUGGCUGCGGCAAAAGAUUUGUUUGUUGAUUUUCCUCGUAGGCGCACAGGGUUUCCAAAUGUAACAAUGGCUCCUGAUUCCUCUCAAGGUCCCAUUGUGGUAAAUCAAGACCCUGUCACCCAGGCCAUCCUUAGUGAAUCUGUGUUAGUGCCCCAGGCUCUUAAUGAAGUAGAUGAUGAUGAAGAAGGAGGAACUGUUAACAGCCAGUCAGAAGAAAGCGAGCAUGAGUUGGAUAGCUCUCUAAAGUCUCAGUCAAACACGAAUGCAGACAGGUUUCUCCCUCAACUAAAGGAGGAUAGUCCUGAGUUAAUUAAUAAACUGUGGACUGAUACUCAGCGAAAAAGAGCAACACAGUCACCAGUAACAACCCCUCCAGGAACUCCGUCAUCCACCCCUUCACCAGGGGAACAAAAAGUAUUCUUCCUUUUAGUUGCUCUGAAUGCUACCAAUGCUGUCAAGAGAAUCCACACCAGACUUCAAUCUAAAGACUCUACUGAGACUGUAGACUCAAGCUAUGUUGUGGGACAAGUACUGAACUCAAGGAAGCAAAAGCAGCUGUUAAAUAAAGUGAAAAGAAAACCAGAUUUGUGUGCUUCAUCCAAGCCAAAGAAAAACACAUUAUCAGCUAGCAGUGCCUCCACAGAGUUACCAAGUAGCAAUAAUACCAGCCUGGAUGUCCUCAAAGGCAUGAUACAGGAAGUGGAACAUGAAAUGGAAGAAUAUGAACGGUUGACAGGACGUGAGGUCAAGGGACUGCAGAGUAGUCAAGGUCUCACAGGCUUCACUCUGUCACUAGUGAGCUCCCUCUGCCGUCUGGUUCGAUACCUUAAAGAGAGUGAGCUCCAACUGCGUAAAGAAGUAGAGACAAGGCGGCAGCUGGAACAAGUAUUAGGUGAACAUCGAGAGCUCAUUGAUGCUCUGACAGCUGAAAUUCUUCUUCUUAGACAGGAAAAUACUGCUACCCAGGCAAGACUACAGCAGUAUGUGGUCACAACAGAUGAGCAACUUACAUCGCUCACACAUGCCAUUAAGAACUGUCCAGUGAUAAAUAGCCACAAAGAAAGUCAGGCAUCAGAAAGGGGAGCCACAAGUAGAAUUAUAGACAAUCCAGAGGGUUCCGUCGUAAAUGCUAAUGUCUCCAUGCCACCGAGGUUCAGAGGGGAAGAAGUGGUUGAAUUCCCACAGGAAGACUUGCCUGUGAAGUUCUCUCAGGUGCCAAACCCUCUAGGUGGUGUGAACCUGCCCAGCAAUUUCCCAGCACGUAUGUUUGAGCCAGCUCUGUUGCUGACACCACCGAGGCAGAAGAGCAACUCAGAAUUCUCUCCUAUGCAGGAAGUAUUGAGGAGGACUGUUCAAACUCACCCUGCUCCACGAGUUCCUCCAGCUGUGGAAAUAAUUGAGAAGGAGCAAAAUUGGGAAAAGAAGACCUUAUCUCCUGGCACAGACAUUCAGAAUUCAAGUGAAGAGAGCCAUCUCUUCCCUCAGAGGUGGAGGGUCUCUCACAUGAGAGAAGACCUGGAGAAUAAAACCCAGGCUCCUUUUGUUAGCCUCUCACAACCCCUCUGUGGUUCCCGUCCAAACUCUGUGCAGGCGAGAAACCCUGUGUUUUCAGAAGAUCCCCCAGGACUUGGAGAUGGGCAACAGCUUGGAACGAAUGGGGCAAUACAAAGAAAGGACAUCAUGGCACGGAUUGCUGAGCUGACACUACAGAAUUCAACUAUCAAGGCACAUCUGAAUAAUAAUAUUGGGCCAGUGGGAGAGCAAGGGGAUGGACUUCGGGAGUUAAACAGAGAGGAGACAAAUCAUGCAAGUGACAUGACUGCUACUUUUCAAGCAGCACAACCUCUAAUGCCAAGUAGCAUGGAGGAAUGGAUUGCAGAAUUGAAUCGGCAGAGUAUGGAGGCACGUGGAAAACUCUUGCAGUUAGUAGAGCAGCAGAAACUUAUUGGUUUUCAUGCUUCCUCUCCACCAGCAUCCCCUACUCAGUCACCUCUUGGAGCAUGGACAGAAGGAGGGAAGAAGACAAUUGAGGUAUCUAUUCCAGGAGCAGAAGCUCCAGAAAGCUCAAAAUGCAGUACUGUCUCUCCUACCAGUGGGGUGAAUACAAGAAGAUCUUCAGGGGCUACUAGUAAUUCUUGUUCUCCAUUAAAUGCCACCUCAGGAAGUGGAGGAUCCCUAAGGGCAAAGGUUGACAAACAGAACGAAGAAGGCUGGUUUGCCCUGUCUACCCACGUGGCAUAAGUGAAGUCAAGCUUUACAGAGUUUGUUUUUACUAAUAUAUUCUUAAGCCUCCACUCCCCUUUCUCUGCUCAUGUUAUACCCUUCUUCAGAGAAAACCUUCAAAGAUCUUGUGACUUAGAACUAAUAGAACAAAGAAAGAAACAAUUAUUUUAAUAUUUGACCUUUUCAAAUAGAUUUCUAACAACUAACCAAAACCUCCUCUGAAUAAAAUUUUAAUCAUAGGGAAAUCAAAGUUUUAUGUUCUAAUAGUUUAUAAGUAUUUUAAGGCUUUUUUUGAGUAAUAUAUUUUUAUAUUUAUCAUAUUCAGGUUUUCUUUUUUUGUUUAGUGUAUCUUAAAUGUUGAUCUAUUUCACUUCUUUUUUUUCUGAAGAACUAAGUUGCUUUGCAUAUAACUUACAAUAAAAUGCCUCUGUGUGCUGGCUUUCAGAAAAAUUGAACACCCUCUUUUUUUUGAGAAAGUCAUUGUUGUCCAUCAGUUUUUUCAUCAAGUGGAAUACACAUCUUAAAAAAAUAAUCUUGGGAGUAUUUGUUUAUAUUUAUUUAAGCAGGUAAGAGUGGUUGUAUAUAUUAUAAAAUUCUUACAUAGCCUAAAAAUGUGAAAAUGUCAUCAGUAAUGCUAAUGUACAUCAAAUAAAUAAUGAUCACAGAGCUCAAAUGUCUAAAUGCAGUAACAUUGAUUUAUUGGUAUACUUAGUGUCUGAAACAAAAUUGAAUACAAAAUAUUGCUGUCAGUUUUCCCAAUCCUGAUUCUACUAUGCAUUCAGGGUAGGUUCUUCUUCAAGACACCUGUUUGGCCCUCACACAUUGGUUUCUACUUUAGACUUGUAUUUUGAAUUAUCUCUGUCCCUUUGCUCUAUGAUAAGAAUUCUCAACCUAAGUGCAGUGGGAAUCAGGGAGGGGAAGCACACUGAAACUACUUGAGGAACUUUCUCAGACAGCUUCCCUCCACCUGUAGUUGUAAAAUGCUCUUCUAGGAAGGGUCCUAUGCAGCUUCAUUUGGGCUUGUUCUGUUGUGGUGGCACAAACAAAAUUAUUUUCUUCUGGUAUCACUGAUGUUAUUUAUCGGAAGUCAUCUGUAUUCAUUUGCAUUAUUGCAGAGACUUCAAAAAAUGUAUUGUACUUUUUGAAACUUGGUAUUUAAUAAAUACUAGCCUGUCUAAAUACAAAA